GUCAUUGUGUUUUAUUUCACAUUAUUUGUUGGAUCAUGUUUAUUCAUUUCAUUUUAUUCAUAUACCCCUUUUCAUUGUUGAUAACAAAAUAUGAUACACGAAUAAAUUUUGAAUGAGCUGACACACAAAGUUUUGACCGAUACGAAAGCGCAUGCAUGGUGGAUGUGCUGAAACAAGUGGCACGAUAUUUAUCUGGGCGAAAUAUGCAUUGGCCGAGUGUUACACUACCGCAUGUGCAGCAGGUCGGCCGUGGUCGCGUCAAACUUCGAGUAACCGACGGAGAAAAAUGACUUCAACUUCAUCGAAGAAGCGUUCUAAAAAACUGCAAACCUUCUCAGGUGAUUACACCAAGAAAUGGUCAUGCAUUGUUCCGUCGAAAAGGAAUACAAACAGUGCCUGUUGUACACAUUGCUCAUCCGAUUUUGGAAUUGGUCAUGGCGGUUCGAACGAUAUCCAGGUACAUCUGAAGUCGGUGAAGCACCGGACUGCAGCGGCGGAGGCAAGUUCCAAUUCCCGCAGUCAUGACAUCGCCCAGUUUUUCGUCGCAAAGGACAAUUCUGUCACGAACGCCGAAGUGAAGUUUACUCAAUUUUUGAUAGAGCACAACAUCGCGUUUUCAGCAGCAGACCACCUUUCACAACUUGUCAAAAAUGCCUUCCCUGACAGUAAAAUUGCAAGUAAAUACGCGUGCCGUCGCUCCAAGGCUACAGCAAUCGCAAGAACUUUGGGACAGGAAACAAAAGGGGACAUCAUCCGCAAGAUACGUGAGAAGCCCUUCUCAAUUUCGACAGAUGGGAGCUCCGAUAGGGGGGCAGAUGAGCAACUCUACCCCAUACUUGUAAGAUACUUCGAUGAUGAUGCACAACAUGUUGUGACCGUUCUCUUAGAAAUAGCGACAACAAAGGGGAGUUCCACAGGGAAAAAUAUCUUCCAACUUCUUGAUCAAGCACUCACAGAGAACAAAAUUCCAUGGAAAAAUGUUACAUGUUUUUCUGCUGACAACGCGGCUGUAAUGAUGGGAGUGCACAACGGGGUUGCUGCUUUUGUGAGAGAGAAGAAUCCUGAAGUGUAUGUUAAUGGCUGCGUAUGUCAUUUGCUUCACCUAGCAGCUGAGAAAGGGGCCCAGCAACUUCCAUCAAGUCCAGUUGAUCUCCUGAUACCAAUCUUCUACUACCUAGAGAAAUCUAGCAAGAGGCACAAGGCAUUCCGUGAAGUGCAGUCAUGCUGUGAUGUCAAGCAACAUGCAAUUCUUAAGCAUGUGUGUACCAGGUGGUUGUCCUUGGAGCAGGCCUUGAACAGACUUAUUGAACAAUGGGUUCCUCUGGUUGAGUUCUUCCGGAGUGAAUCUGAAACUUCAUCAUCUUCUGCGCAAAAGAAGAAGAGUGUCCAGUCGAAGACUACAGCUAAAAAGGUUCAACCACAACCCCAACCCCAGAAAAAGAACACUGGAAAUGCCAAAGUUUCUGUGACCAGUUCUAAGCCUGUGUCUGGAAAGGCAAGCACAAGUUCUGAAUCAUCAUCUGGAACAAAGAGAAAGAUUGAAGACUCACAUCAGAAUAGAGGGAAACAGCUAAAACCUUCUAGUAGCCAUCAAGUCCAUCAACCAUCCCAGAAGAAGAGCUCUGGCUAUAUAAUUCCCCAUAUUGCCAAAACUUCAAGCUCAAAGCCUGCAUUGGGAAAAUCAAGCACAACUCCUGCAUCUGUGUCAAAGGCAUCAACGAGUAAAAGUUCCCCUGUGGUCACAAAAACUUUGUCUUCUCAUGGUACAGCUCCAAGUACAUCUGCAUUUCCCUCUACUUCUUCUAUUGGGAAGAAAGCCAGUGAUGUGACCAAAAAAGACCUCCCCAAAGGAACCAAAGUUGGAUCAGGAAAGGUGAAAAUGCCACCCCCAAGAUCAAGUUGGGCUCCAUCAUCACAGAAGACAGGUCAGGUGUUUGCAGGCACAGAGCAUGCUGUGAGCAAGACCUCCCAAGAAGUCCCAGCAACGUCUAAGGCAGCUGCUAUCUAUGACAAACUGACAAAUGAUGAGAAUAAACUAUAUUGCUUAUUUCUCCAGCACAACAUUCCUUUGUUCACUGUACUGAAUUUAGAGCUCCAAGAAGAAUCACCCAAGAUUCAUGUUCUACUUGAUAGACUUCAGGCCUUUCUUCAAAAUGUUUUGACAAGAUUUGUUAAGCCUAAAGUGCUGAUGGCAUCGUCUCAAGAGUGUGACUACAAAACAAAUGACAAUCAGCGUGAAGACAACGACUUGGUGAUUGGUUCUAAAGUGAGAGAGUUGCUUCAAAGCGGAAACUUCAGUGAUGGCCAGAAGAGGAAGUUCUUCUCAUCCGAUCCACUUCUCAUGCAUGCUAGAGUGGCCAAUCUUGAAAGGCGACAGGAAACGCCCUUUGUGUCAGUGGAGUAUUUUGUUCGGAGAUUCCACUUCAUGGAAGAUGAUAUUGACACACUUGAACUGGAAUAUGCCUCCUACCAGAGUGAUCCUUCCGUGGACAAGAUUGAUGCUUCAAAAGCAGACUUGGCAUGGGUGGCAGUAUCUCAGCUCAAAGAUCCCACCAGUGGGCAGUUUCGCUAUGCUCAUCUAGUGCAAGUCAUGAUGCUGAUUCUUUCGAUAUCACACAGUAAUGCUUCAGAUGAGAGGCUGUUCAGCUUGGUGAGGAAGAACAAGACCGAGUUUAGGGCCAGUUUGAGUACUGCAACAUUGAGUGAUGUUCUCACUCAGAAGGCAACAUGCCAGUCCAAAGGACAAAACUGUCAUGACAUGAAAUUCAGCGAUCAACUGCUAACCAAAUGUAAGGGAGCUGCAAUGGCUUUCUGCAAACAGUGA